UGCUCAUUACCUUUUGAACAAUACUAAAACCUCUCUCCAUCUCUGUGCUUCGUUCUAGGGUUUUCUGUAACUCCUUGAUUCAAAGAUGGGAAGGGCAAAGAAGCCUCAGAAGUUUGCUGUAAUGAAGAAGACGAUAAGCCACAAAGCUUUGAAGCAUUACAAGGAGGAGGUUCUGAAUCCGAACAAGAAAGACCUCACUGAACUUCCCAGAAACGUACCGAAUGUUCCAUCAGGAAUGUUCUUUUCUCACAACACUAAUAUGGUUCCUCCUUACCGAGUUUUGGUCGAUACUAACUUCAUCAACUUCUCAAUUCAGAACAAGAUUGAUAUUGAGCAGGGAAUGAUGUUCUGCUUGAACGCAAAAUGCACUCCUUGUAUCACUGACUGCGUCAUGGCUGAGCUUGAGAAGUUAGGCCAGAAGUAUCGUGUCGCUCUUAGGAUUGCCAAGGAUCCUCGCUUUGAGAGACUACCUUGUGUACACAAAGGGACAUAUGCUGAUGACUGUCUCGUUGACAGAGUUACUCAGCAUAAGUGUUUCAUGGUGGCUACUUGUGAUAGAGACUUGAAGCGAAGGAUACGAAAGGUUCCUGGUGUGCCUAUCAUGUAUUUGGCAGGCCGCAAGUACUCAGUAGAGAGGCUGCCUGAAGCAACACUUGGUAGAGCUCCAAGAUAUUGAUUUUUGAACCGAGACCCGUAAUGGACUCCGAGAAGCUCUGAAGCCCUAGUUAGGUGUUGGUUUAAGCCGAGUCGAAUGUUAUGUUAUAUGAUGUCUUGAGCGAUUUUGGCUCCCCUGUGUUUGUUAAUCUGCUUGAAUACAAACUUAAUUAAUAAGUUUAUAGAAAUCGUUUGUAAUGCCCUUUACCACUUCAAGACUUUUUUUAAAAAAAACACAUUAUUCCUUCA